AUGGAAGGACUCGAGGUGGUCGAAGGCGUCUCUCGCAGCCGCCAAAUCCAAAAAAGCUUCGUCGAAAAGCUCGUCGCCGCUGCUCCGACACUACGUGAAUGGAUCGAUUGCCUCGAGGCUCGUUGGGAUCCUCUGAAGGUCGAUCCUGAAAUUCUUUCCGGCAUUUUGCCUGCCGAGCCCAUCGUUUUCCCACGUCUGCGCAAACUUAGUGCAGUGUGGUGCGAGCAUCUCGUGGUGUGCGAGUGUCCAUCUCUGGAAGAGCUCAGCUUUAACGCUCAGAGAGUCUCUGUCGGGACCUCGGUCGUUCGCAAUCCCAUAGUGCCGGCAUACAGAAUGCUCUACCACACUCCAAAGCUCAAAAAGCUGCACAUUCUACUUCCAAGCGACAAGGAAGCUCGGAAUGAGAUCUUCUCCGCCAUCUACCAGCUCGAUCAACUUGAAGAGCUUUACCUCUGGUCAAGAAUGGAAGGCUUUUCCCUGCAAACGCUGAUCGAACUUCAGCAAUCUGGCGGCGAUCUGACGACUCCUUCUCAGAUCAUGUGGCCGGCGCUUCGCACUUUGGGACUGAUGCUCAGCGAGUGCCCGCUGUAUCUAUCCACGGGACUGGAGCGUGAGCUCUGCGAGCUGCUUGCUACGCGCUUCCUUCUUCACCAGGGAUGUCGACGAGGUGAGGCCAGAACGAGAGUCGCCGCUGCGCUCGCCGCGUAUGACAAAACAGAGACAAAGACUCUCAAAGCGCAAAAGAGGAAGCUUGCGGCCGAAGCUUUGGCAGUGGCUGCAGAGUCCGCCUAUCCCGGAAACUUUGUGACACAUGAAGGCGUUAGCAGGGAGGUCUUUUCACCAAUGCUCGCCGAGCUGGUAACGACCGAGGAGCACAACUUCGAGCAAAGGGCGAAACCCGAGUCAGACCACAUGCUGAACCAACUUAUUGUACGUCACAAGGCCCUCGACGUGUCGCAUGAGUUUUCAUCGCAACGCAUCUUUGUCGAACAAUAA